GUAAAUAAAAGUUAUGUUUUUCAAUUAAUUUUGAUUAACAUAUAUGUUAAUUUUUUUAUUUUAUGAUAAUUAAUAACGUAUACUAGCACAUAAUGAAACGAUCCAUAACUAGAGAAUUUCACAGACUUUACUGACUACAUGACUAUAAAGUCUAAUUAACCAGCUUCCCAAUGGCUCAAAUAACUUAUUCGAUUAUUACUAGCAAAAAUUUUACAUUUAGUAAUACAUAAAAAUAUAUAAUAUAUCAUUAAUGUCUAAACGGAGGCGUGAUUUUCAUCAACGACUUGAAUAUCAUAUGGAUGAUAAAAAUAGGAAUUAUGUUUACUAAUAUCAACCAGUUUAUUAUUGUGAAAUGAUCUUUGAAGAAAAAAAAUCUCGAGGACUUUUUAUGUCCGCAAAAAAAGUACGAUUUAAACUCUUUUGCGUGCUGAUCUGCAUCGUGUCUCCCUGUCUCGCUAGGAAUCAUUCACCGCAAUUCCUCAUAAAUGGACAAACUGAGAUUGUGGUGAGACUUAAAGAAGGACCUGAAACCCCCGUUGGAAGUUUAAUUUACAGACUAAGAGGCAUUGAUCCUGAUGGUGAUAGUUUAACAUUUGGUGUGAAAGAUCAACCAGGAGCCGAUGUCAUUCGAAUUGAAAAUUUUGGCACUCAAGAAGCAAAUAUAUAUUUAAAUAAAUUAUUAGAUAGAGAGAUAAAAGAUGAGUAUACAAUUGUGCUGACACUGACCGAUGAUAAACUUGGAGAUGGAAACUUUAUUACACAAAGUCUAUUACUGUUGGUAGAUGAUGUUAAUGAUAAUGUACCUAUUUUUCGUCCCCAUCCAACCACCUUGACAGUGAGAGAAGACUCUGGUCCUGGUAUAUUAACUACAGUAGAAGCAAUAGACGCUGAUGAAGGUGCUCAUGGCCAAGUCGUUUACCAUCUGCAAGAGCUUGAUGGAGAUAAUGAUGUGUUCUCAAUCUCAACUGUCAGUGGUAAAGGUGUUAUUCGUCUCGCUGGUAAGCUAGAUUAUGAAAAAAAAUAUCUCUACCAGUUAAGAAUUCUUGCUGUCGACCGUGCGAUUAAUGGGAGAAUUAACACAGGAACAACUGCAAUCUUACUUAAAAUUCAGGACGUUGAAGAUCAACCGCCUGAGUUCAUUGCCAUGACUCCAGUUGCUAGGAUUAGCGAAAAUGCCAAGAUUGGAACUUCCGUUCUCCAAGUUCGAGCCAUCGACGGUGACAAAGGAAUAAACAAUAAAGUUUCAUAUAGCAUCUCUAAAGGACCUAGAUAUCUUUUCGACAUUGACGUUAAUUCGGGUCUUGUUUUCACAUGCGUCCAAUUAGAUAGAGAAGCUGAAGACAAUGGUGAUGGGACAUUUAUCUUGGAAAUAACUGUUAAAGAAAUUUCUCGAGUUGUUCCAACGCCUUCAGUAACCACAGAAGUAACUAUUAUUAUCACGGAUGUUAAUGACGAAACUCCAAGAUUUCGAAGCAAUCAUUAUAUCGCAGAAAUAAAUGAGAAUGCACCACCAAAUACACCUGUUAAUUUUAUCAGUGAUUCAAUACCUGAAGUUUAUGAUCAUGAUCUUGGUAGUAAUGGUACAUUUCAAAUGUUUAUUGACGAUAAUAGUGGUAUUUUUGAAGUAACACCAUCUCUGGGUAUUAAUGAAGCACCAUUUUUAAUACGCGUUAAAAAUCCAACAGAAUUAGAUUUUGAACAACGAUCAGUAAUUAACCUUACACUUGUUGCUAAAGAAAUAGCUUUAUUUCAUCCUAAAUUCAGUGUUGUGCCAGUAACAGUUUUUAUAAAAGAUCAAAAUGACAAUUAUCCAGAAUUUACAAAACCUAUAUACGAAGUUAGCAUACCAGAAAAUUGUCCAGCUGGAACUACAGUUGCGUGGGUUCAGGCGUUAGAUAAUGAUAGUGGUAAUUACGGAAAUUUAGGAAUCAGAUACACUAAUUUGGGUGGAAGUAUCGCAUAUGCACUUAAGUUAAAUUCAACAUCCGGUAUUAUUACGGUGAAACAAAAAGGCCCGGGCUUUGACCGCGAACUUGUAGCCCGGCAUUAUCUCACGGUCGAAGCUCGUGAUGACCUCGGUAAGGGAAACCGCGAUACGGUACAGCUGGUAGUUAAUAUUGAUGAUGUCAAUGACAAUCCACCUGUAUUCCUUCAAAAUAAAUAUGAAGCUGUAUUAUUAGAGAAUAAACAACAAUUUGAAUUGCCAAUAACUGUUGAAGCAUUUGACAUUGAUUUGAAUGCAACUAAAAAUUCAGAAAUCGUUUAUUCAUUGGUCUCGAGUGAAUUUUCACGUAAUUUUACAAUCGAUUCUAAAAAAGGUACGAUAAAACCUGCUUACCCUAUGGAUUUUGAAGCAUUGCCAAUGAUUCCUGGGCAUCGAGAAGCGUCCAUUCGUCCACUUAAAUUGAUCGUUAGAGCUCGAGAUUUAGGCACGCCAAGUUUAAGUUCAGAUGUACCAUUUAUAGUUUAUUUAAAAGAUGUAAAUGAUAAUGAACCAAUGUUUGAACGUGCUAUUUAUCAAAAAAAUAUUCCCGAAGAUCUUACAGGUGGAACAAGUAUUUUACAAGUGAAAGCGUGGGAUAAUGACUUGUCGUCACCAAAUAAUAAAUUAGUUUAUCGUAUUCAAAAUGGUGCUGGUGAUAAAUUUGUUAUAAGUCCUGAAAGUGGUACUAUUAAAGUUGCACCAGGAUCAAAUUUAGAUCCUGAUUUAACGUCACCAAAAACAACAAAAUAUCCAUUAACAGUCGUUGCGAUUGAUAGUGGAACAAAUAUUCAAAGAUCAGCUCAAGUUUUAGUUAAUAUUACAAUUAUUGAUGUGAAUAAUAAACCACCAGUUUUUAUCGAUCCUGGUACUGUUUCUAUAAGGGAAAAUACACAAGCUGGUGCUUAUGUACAUCGCUUGGUUGCUAUUGAUCCAGAUAUUGCACCAAUUUUACGCUAUAAAAUCGAUCCAAAUUCUUCGGAAGCGCGUAAUGAAGAAGGUACACUAAUUCGUAUUCAAGAGUAUGAUUAUUUAGCCGCUUUUGAGCUCAAUGCUUUGGAUGGUCUUCUGAGAGUUGUAAGACUGUUAGAUCGUGAAAGAGUUGAAACAAUAAAAUUAGGCCUUAUUGUUGAAGAUUUAGCUGCUGUAAAAGAAAUUCAAACAGCAUCUACCACAUUAAAUAUCAUUAUUGAAGAUGAAAAUGAUAAUAAUCCAAAAUUUCGACGACCGUUUUACAGACGUUCUGUCAUGGAAAAUAGUAAAAAUGGUGUCCACAUUGCAAGUAUUGUUGCUGAUGAUCCCGAUAAAAAUCGUACAAUAACUUAUUCACUAAGAGGUCCAGUUGAAAUUACUGAUCUCGUACAUUUAGAUUCAGAAACUGGUGAAAUGGUUGUGGCCAAUAAAAUAGAUCGUGAAUUAUAUACAUGGUUAAAUUUAACUGUAUGUGCUACCGAUUCUGGUAUACCACUAAGAUCCAGUUUGUCUGAAAUUUACGUACAAAUAUUAGAUGAAAAUGAUAAUAACCCGUAUUUUAUAACCGAUAUUAAUAAUAUAACGAUCAUGGAAAAUACGAAAAUAGGCACGGAAAUAGCACAAAUUGAGGCUAGAGAUUCUGAUAGUGGUGAUUAUGGUAAAAUAACAUAUUUAUUAGAUCAUAUUUCGUCACAUGGAAGAUUUACUAUUCAGCCAGAAACAGGCGUAUUGUCUAUAGUUAAUACAAUUGAUUGGGAAUCAAAGAGUAGUUAUAUAAUAAUAAUUGAAGCAUGGGACCAUUAUCAAUUUGGCUAUACAUCUGGUGAGUCAAGAAACGCAUUCAAACAAAUUGAAAUAAUAGUUGAAGACGUGAAUGAUAAUUCGCCUAGAAUGGAGUUACCACAAAAGUGUGUUACAAUAUCUGAAUUUCAUGAUACUCGGGAUACAAUAGCAACUAUUAAAGCAACGGAUGCUGAUAAUCCAUCAAGUCCUAAUGGACAGGUAAUGUUUAGAAUUCUUACAGGCAAUGAAAUGGGUUUAUUUAUUUUAGAACAAAUAGAUUAUUGGACAGCUGAAAUAAGAGCUGUAAGUUCAUUAAGAGGAAAAUUUGGAAAUUAUUCAAUACUUUUAGAAGCACGUGAUCUAGGAUCACCAUUUAAUCAAGAUAAUAAAUACUUAGCGAUAUGUGUUACUGAUUACAAUGACAACCCUCCAGUAUUUUUGAGUCCUCAGCAUAAUACAACAAUACGUGUACCAGAAAAUGUAACUGUUGGGUCAACGAUAAUCCAAGUUGAAGCUAAAGAUGCUGAUAUUGGACUAAACGGAGAAGUUCAUUAUCGACUAAAGCAAGAUCUUGCUGGUCAUUGGAAAACAUUUAGUAUUGAUGAUAAAACUGGAGUUAUAACACUCAAACAACCAUUAGAUCGUGAGACUCAAAAAAUGUAUGAGAUAAGAAUUGAAGCUUAUGAUCUUGGUACACCAACGCCUCUGAGCACCGAUUUAGAUCUUAUUAUCUAUGUACGAAAUAUUAAUGAUUAUGAACCGCAAUUUUUAAUGGAUGUAUUUACAAUAUCCUUUACAGAAGAAAAACCAGCAGGUUCUGAAGUUAUUGAUCUACCAGAAACAAUUGACAGAGAUGAAGUUGAUGAUUUAGAUGAUCCACCUACUCAGGUUUGCUAUUUUAUCGUAGGUGGUAAUAACGAUGGUUAUUUUACCUUGGAUACUUUUAAUCAUAAACUCACUACUGCCAAAAAAUUAGAUCGAGAGUCACAAGAAGAACAUUUAUUACUCAUCAAAGCAAUUGAAGAUUGUUCAUCAGUUCCAUCAAAUGAAAGUUUUUUUGAUUCAGCUGAUGAUACUUUAUUAAAAGUUGGUAUCACUGUCAAUGAUAUCAAUGAUAAUCCGCCGAAAUUUGUCAGCAAAAUUUUUACUGGCGGUGUAACUACUGAAGCAGAUUUUGCUACUGAUGUUAUCCAUAUAAAGGCAAUUGAUUUGGAUGCGGGAGAUAAUGCCGCUGUAAGUUACUAUCAAGUUGGAAAAAUUCAUAUGACUUUAACGGAAGGUCUGGAUGACAUAAAUAUCCAGCCUUUCUUAGUAGACAGACUGACUGGCGCAAUCAAAUUAAACUUUGAUCCUCAACCACGAAUGAAAGGUUAUUUUGAUUUUAUGGUUCUUGCUAAUGAUACAGACGGUCUUAAAGACACAUCACGAGUAUUUAUUUAUUUAUUGAGAGAAGAUCAAAGAGUUCGCUUUGUAUUAAGACAACAUCCACCAGAAGUUCGGAAUAGGAUUAAUAACUUUCGAGAAAUACUUGGAAAUGUAACAGGAGCAAUAGUAAAUGUAGAUGAGUACAAAGUUCAUGAAAAUCAAGACGGUUCCGUUGAUCGUACGAGAACCGAUCUUUACCUUCAUCUAGUAAAUCGCCGAGAUAAUUCAAUUUUAGACGUAUCAGAAGUUCUUGAAUUAGUAGAUCGCAAUAUUGAAAAAUUGGACGGUUUAUUUAAAGAUUUUAAUGUUUUGGAUACACAACCAGCUGAAUCACAGCCAAUUGUUCAAUAUGAACACGCCGAAACAACAUUUUGGCUUUUAGUAUUAACUCUGUUUCUUGGUGCACUAUUAAUUUUGUGCAUUGCUCUAUGCUUAUCACAGAGAGCUUCAUUUAAACGACAAUUAAAAGCUGCCAAUGCAUCACCUUUCACUACUAACGAUUCUGAAUUCAUACGUGGUCCAGGCAAAGUUCCAAAUACUAAUAAACAUAGUGUAGAAGGAUCAAAUCCUAUUUGGAUGCAUGCUUAUGAGAAUGAAUGGUUUAAAAGUGAUGAAUCUUUUAGUCACAAUUCCGAUCCUGAUUCGCUCGAUGAAAAUGCCUUAAAUAAUGAACAAAUCAUUAAUGAAGCAAAUUCUAGUGAAAGAAUUACCAAUGAAAACCCAUAUUAUACUCAACCUGAACCUGCUUCAAUAUCUAGAAUGCCCUUAGAAAUAUGGUUAAAUAUAUGGAUCUAUUUGAAUUUGGUCUUGGUUGGGACAAAAAGCGCACGACCAAGAUUCGAUACAUCAACAGAUAUGGGGAAUGUUCUUGUACCGGCAGAUGCAGAAGUUGAUUCAGUUAUUUAUCGAUUACGUGCCACUGAUCAGGAUGUUGAUUUUCCAUUGGUAUUUGAAAUUACAGCAACUGUAACCCCAGUAGUUAAAAUUGAAAAUUUACCAUGUACUUUAUACAACAAAGUUUGCCAAGCGAAUGUAAUUUUAACAAGACACUUGACCGCUGGACGUCUUCACGAUUUCGCUGUACGAGUACGAGACUCCAAAGGUGAUUCAAACUCAAUGCAGGCUACUAUUUCCGUGACGAAUGCAACUACACCACGCGAUAAAAUAUUUCCGCAUAUACCAGCUCUUAUUAUGGUCCCGGAGGAUGUUAAACCUGGCAGGGAACUUGAUUACAUUUUAGUACGAUCAAAUCCUUGGAGCGGAAAACCCGUUUAUAUUGAAUUGUGGCAACCUAAAGAAUUAUUUACCAUAAGACAACGCCAAGAUCCUAGCAAUACAAAAGGAGUAAUUACAUUAAUUGGAGAAUUGGAUUUUGAAACUCAAUCAAUGUAUACUCUGACUAUAUAUGCAACGGACCCAUACACAGAACGUCAAAGAGACACAAGAAACAUAGCAGGCCUACAUUUAGUCGUAAUAGUUCAAGAUGUCCAAGAUGUUGCUCCAAUAUUUACUUUAGCACCACCUCUUACAAAAAUAAAUAAUACCGUCCAACCUGGCGAUGUUAUUUUAAGAGUUCAUGCAGAAGACGGUGACAAAGGGGUUCCCCGGGAAAUAACUUAUGGUUUAGUGUCGGAAGGCAAUCCAUUCACACCAUUUUUCAACAUUACUGAAUCCACUGGAGAAAUUGUUUUGACACGACCAUUAGAAGAAUUAACACAAAUAACGCACGUUGGUGCGCCUGUAGUACUAAGUAUUGUUGCUGAAGAGAUUCGUAGGUCAACGGACGAACCAGCAGCACAAGCAGCAGUAGUUGAAGUUGGAUUACUACUUGGUGAACCGAGAAAUAGUCCACCUUACUUUGAAAAUGAUAGUUAUGUUGCUUGGAUGGAUGAGAAUGUCGAACCUGGCUCUUCAAUUAUAUUUAAUGAACCUUAUUCAACGAGAGUUAGGGAUGAAGACAUUGGCAAGGCUGGUGUAUUUGCUCUAAAAUUAGAAAAUAAUAAUGGAACAUUUGAAAUUAGUCCUGCGGUUACUGAACGUACAGCUAAUUUUAUUUUAACUGUACGUGAUAACACACUUAUUGAUUAUGAAAUUUAUAAGAGCCUACGUUUCCAAAUAACGGCUCAAGAAGUCGGACCAGCAACAAAUUUAUCAGCAACAGUACCCGUAACUAUUUUUCUUCGUGAUAAAAAUGACAAUCCACCGGAGUUUCAAGAAAAAUCUUACGAAGUAGUUUUAUCAGAGAAUGUAAGUGUUGGUACGCGAGUUUUGCAAGUACAUGCUACUGACAAAGAUACAGGAUCUUUUGGUAGAAUUCAGUACACACGAAUAAUUGGAUCUGGUGGUGAAGCAUUUGUAAUGAAUCCUGAUACUGGUGUCAUAACUGUAGCUAUGGGAAUGUCGGUUUUGGAUCGUGAAAUAACACCUCAGCUUAUGUUGAGCAUCGAGGCUUGUGAUGAAGAUGGCAAAGGAUUACGCAGCACUGUUCCCUUUGUUGUUAAUCUUAUAGAUGCUAAUGAUAAUGUUCCGGUAUUUGAAAAGGAUACUUAUGAAUUUGUACUUAAUAGUGAUUUAAAUAAUUUCACUAUGCCUGCAAUAAUAAAAGCUUUCGAUGCCGACGCGGAUCCACCUAAUAAUGUAAUACACUACGAAAUAAUUCAUGGAAAUUAUGAAAAUAAAUUUUUUCUCGAUGAAACAACUGGCGCAUUAUUUUUACGGGAACAAAUUACAAAAGUAAGAAGUAGUAGGCAUAAUUUUUAUCAAAGAGUAGCUAACAAGUAUAGUCAAAAUUCAAUACAAAUUCAGAAUGAUUCUUUAAAAAUUUCUUCACAAAAAUCUUCAUCUACGUCAAUGUCGAGUAUUUUAGAUAAAAAUGCAACAAACGUAGAUAGAAAAGUUAAACGAAAAAAACGUGAAGAUAAAUAUAUUUUUUUCACACUAACUGCUAGAGCUUAUGAUUUAGGUGUUCCACACCUAUCUAGCACAACUCAAAUUAAUAUACUUCAGUCUCCAUUAUUUGGUGGAAGAACAAUAAUAUUAUUAGUACCAGGAGAAAAUCCAGAUCGCGAAAAAACAAUAAAAACAUUGGAAACAAUUACCGGAGGACGGAUAACAAUUCAAGAUAUUCGUCCUUAUGCUUUAGAAAAUUUACCUAAAGGUUUUGAAAAUGGUUUGCCAAGUCCUGAUGGUGGAAAAAAGAGUAUUGUAGUAGCUCAAGUUCAACAAAUAAGUCCCGGAGCAUCAUUUGUGGAUAUUGAAAAAAUUUUAUCUGCUUUAACAGCUAAUGGGUUUGGAAUAAUUGGUGGUGAUAUGACACCUGGAAAUGGUAAUCCAGAAACUAAAGAUCAUAACGGGACAAUUAAAAAUACAAGCAUUACUACAAUUAACAAUGAAGAAGUAAUAGUCUACAAAGCUGAGAAUAAAUUACUUUUCUGGCUGCUUAUAAUCUUAGGAUUAUUGAUACUUGCAGCAGUUAUCGCUUUGAUAAUUUGUUGUAUAUGUCCAGGCUGUCCUUUAUACAUGGCACCAAGAAAAAAACGUAUACAUUCUUCUGAAACACUAAUUGCACGUUCUGAUAGUAAACCUAAGCGACAUCUUCAUCGUAGACAUCCACAGUUAGAAAAUACUUGGAUGGAAAAAAAACAAGCAUGGAGUGCUGAUCCAACUCGUACACACUGGCAAUUUAAUCGUAGAAAUACUAAAAAUUGUGGUAUAGCUUCACUGCCAGGAGACGUUAUUCGAGUUGAUCAUGAGAUGCGUGAUGUUAAUCGUGAUCGUGAUCAUGAUUAUGAACAACCACUGAAAGCUAGUUCUCUUCAAUUACAUGAUCCACUUAUGGUACCUGUAUAUUUAGUUGAAUCUAAUACACAAAAAGGUGAUGAACGAAUGUAUGUAGAAGAUAUUGAAGCUAGAGUUAAAGGUCAUCAUGAAAUAGAUGACGGGGAUUCAGAAUUAGAGCGUAAAGUUUAUAGACGAGUUAAUCAACGAGAACUCGAUCUACAAGUACUUCGUGACUCACACUUUUAUCGAAACGGUAGUACAGAAGUAAUGAGACUAGUUACACGUGGUGUUGAUAAUCACACUAGUCAGAUUACGACGCGUCGACCUCCAGACAUAGUAAUUGACCAAACAUCUAUACAUAGAGUUGAUGGUAAAGAUAUUUUAUUACAAAGAUUUAUUGAGGAUCAAAAUUUACGAGGAGAACAAGAUUAUCAUGAUAGUAUGCAGGAUUUGGAGAGAAAAAGCAUGGAAUCACAUAAACGGCAAAAAAAAGCUUCGAUUCAACAGCAUAAACAAGAAAUUUUGUUAAUUCCUGAAAGACUAGAUGAUGGUCAUCGGCAAUAUACUGAAGAACUUGGUCCUGAUAAUCAGAGACUUAUUAUUGAUCAUGGAACUUACGAAAAAUCAUCACGAUCAGAUAUUAAAGGCAGUCAAGAUGUUUUGAGUAGUAUUUUAAUUCACGGAUCAACAUCUAAAAUAUCAGAUAUAAAAGAACAAUCAAAACAUGAGCAUCAAUCAAAUCUUCAACAUUAUUCAAUUCAUGAUCUAGAGUUAGUGCGACAAAAUGUUUUAUUAACGAGAUUACUUUUGGAAAAAGAUAGAGGAGUUAGUGGCAUAGGUUUGGUUGAUUCGGGAAGUUAUUUAGAAACACAAAGUUUACCUGGGCAAGUGGCUGCUGGUACUCAGACUAAUCAAACUACAGCAACUCAAACAGAACAAUUAAAUAGAAGUAGAAGUGAUAAUGAUGAGUCUGAAGAUGAUGUUAGAAUGCAUAGAAAAAGAUCAAAAAAAAGAUAUGAUGAACUUAAACGAAUCAGAACGUUAUGGAUGAGAUCACCUAUUCGUGAAGAGGAUCGUCAUCAGUAUCCUGAAAAACACGCUAGUUUACUACGUAGAAAAAUAAAAGAUAUUAAAGACGGAAGAAAGAGUUCGAUUGAGCAGGAAGUAUUGAGAGAAAUUUCUGAUUCAUUGGAUGAAAUUGGUGAUAGAGAUACACCUUUAAAUAAACGUGAGCAUUUUAUUGAUAGUUCUAAUUCUAGAGAUGAUGAAAUUAUACAUCGCGAUGAUUCAUCAUCGAUGAAAAUAUUGAAAGAUAAAUGCACAAGAGUGGUAAGUGAAUGUGAAGAUGAUCGUGAAAGAAAAGAUGAGGAUAAGAGUAAGAAAAAAAAGGACAAUUUAAGUACUAGUAAAAAAGAAUUAAUACGAGAUAAUAAAACAGAACCGAGUUUUACAAUAUUAGAAAGGGAAAUCAGUUCAUUGAGUAAAAAACUUUCAAAGUUAGCGGGUAAAAAAUUAACAAAGAGUAAAGAAGACAGUAAUCAUGAGAGUGAUAAAUUUUUAACGACAGAUUCCCAAGAUAAAGAUGAGGACACAACGCCUACAGAAUUUCAAAAUGAAGACAAAGGAAGAGGAAGAGAAAAAAUGAAAAAAUUUGAAAUUAUUCAAUCGAGAUCUAGAUCCACACAACGUGUUACUAAAUCAACACAAUUAAAAAUUCCCAAAGCGACUGAAAAAAUUAUACAACAUAAAACAAAGUAUCGUAAAAAACCGAUUAUAAGUACUGCCAGUUCCGAAAUUGAAGAAGCUGCAGAUAAAUUUACGAAAAAACAAACCGUGAGCAAAAAAAUGGAUGAUAGCAAGUCUAAAUUCUCGGUAGCUAAAACUAUUAAAGCAAAAUUGAAACGACAAACGGCCGUGGAAGACGAUAAAAAAACUAGCGCAACUCGUGAAUCUAUUACUGAGAAACAAAACAAUAAUUUAGUUAAACAAUUCAAGAAGGCGGAUAGAAAAUCAAAGAAAUCUGAAAGUGAAUCUAGUCACAUUAAAGAGGUUAUUGAAUUAGAUAAGAUGAGUUUUACAAAAUCAACAGAAGAAAGUGAUUCUAAAGAUUCUGAUGAAGAUAUCAGUAAAUUAACAAAGAGUAGUUCAAUGAAACAGUCGGGCAUUAGCGCUGAUACAUCGAAAGAAUCAAGAAAAGAAGAAAAAUCAACGGAAUCUAAAAUAAAAUCAUCUGAUUAUAUCAAAGAGAUAUCAAAUGUUAAUCUACCUCAUACAAAAAUUGAUUUUCAAGCAGAAGAAGUAGCUAAAAGUACUGCUGAUAGUGAAUCAAUAAAACCGGAUAAGUUAUUGAGAAAAAAAAGUAUUGAAUCUCUUAAAAAAUCAAGUGUGGAUACUAGUCCUGAACCUUUAAUAGAUAAAUCACAAAAGACUGAAAAAGUAAAGGAAAAUAUUUUGGUCGAGUCACUUCCUGUUGAAUCUCCCGUAAAAUCUCCGAUAACUGAAGAUGAUACGAUGAUUGAAAUAGAAGAAAAAACCAAGAGUAGAGAAUCAGUGUUAUCCAUAGCUGAAAAAAUAAUUGAACAAGCAAAAGAAAACAUGGAACAGUUUGAAACAACUGCUUCGACUAUUGUUGAAAAUAUUGUGGACAAUACAAAAGAGAUUGACGAAAAAGAGGCUGAUAACAUUAACGCUCGUGUUAUCGAUAAAUUAAAAAAUUUUGUUGACACAAAUAGUGUAUCAUUAGAAGCCGAUGAACAAACAAAGGAUAUUGAUGAAAUACAAUCAAAUAGAAUUGAUCAACAAAAACAAAUUGAUGAAAUGCAAUUAAAUGAAACAGAUCAAUCCAAGCAAUAUGAUCAAUAUAUGCACGACGAUAAAUUGCAAAUGAAUAAAAUUGAUGACAAAAAACAAGGAAGUGAAUUCCAAUGCAAGAAAGAAGGCGACAUAAUAAAAGAAUCAAACGAAAUAUUGUUAUUAAAAUCACCAAAAAUACUUAUGAUUACAGAAACAAUCAAAUCUGAAAUCAAACCGUCAAUGAUAAGCGAUUUAAUUCAAGAUUCUGAAAUAUUAUUACCAAAAUUUCCGGAAAAAUUACAAGCUGUUAUUGCUCAAGAAGCUAUUGUUAACCCCGAAGAUGCGGCGCAUAUUAUAAUUAUUGAAGAACAAGCACCCGAAGAUAUCACGCAAGAAAUAAAUAAAUCUCAAUUGCAGAUAGAGGAACCUCUAUCACCCACAAGUCAAAGUAGUCGACGUUCGUCGCAAAUAAUUAUUUCUCGUGAAACAUCAUUUCUCAACUCUCCUAAGAAAUUACCAAAAGACCACAAUAAUGACAAUAGUGAUAUUCCCAAAGAUUUAUGUGCAUCGGUGGUAACAGAACCACAUGUAGAAAUUCUAAUUUCUGAUAAGCAAGCUGAGUUGCCUAGCCACCAUAAUGUGUUAUUAGCAAGCGAACAACCUCAAUCAAUUGUUCCUGACGUUGAGAAACUGGAAUCUAGUUUACCUUUUGAAGACAAACAUGAACAUUCAGACUCGACACUAGAUGCAUUAAACGACGAUAGUGAUGUAUCAAGUGAAUCUUCAACUAAAACAGCAUUUAUUGCUCGUCCAUAUGGCACACCUCGUCAUCGACGUUUAAUAAGAAUGGAAAAUAUAAAUCCUGAUAAGGUAUUACAAUCUCCGAAGAAUAAAAUAGAAUUUAUAAAUUAUGAUAAUUCAGAAAUAUUAGAAAUAUCAUUGGAGGAAACUAAUUCAAUAGUAAGUAAAACUGCUCCGGAAAAUCCUCUUGAUGUUAUAAGAUAUUUAGUUACUGAAAAUGAUCAGAUAGAAGAAAAAAAAGAACCGAUGGAAAAACUAGAAAAAACUAUCAAGGAACAUGUUGGAAUCGAAAAAAAAAUUGUAAAAAUAACAAAUGACUCAAAAACUGUAAAAGAUGUCGAAGGUAAGCAAGACAAUGUUGCAGAAGGAUUAAACAGAGAUGUUAAUAUUCAUAAAGAAAAAAUGAUGAACAAAAUAAAAGAUACCAAAGACAUUUCAAGUGAUGUAGGCCCGAGUACAACUAAAUUACUGAGUGAAAUUUCAGAAAUAAAAUCUGAAGAUGUAAAGACACACCAAGAACCGGAAAAGGUAGAAAAAAUUUUAAAAAUUAUUAAUGAAAAGUUAGAUGUUCAUUCCCCUUCUCUUACAGAUCAUCCGGAAUCAAUAAAAGACUAUGGAGAGGAUAAUAAAUUAACAACAAAUGAUACAAAUAUUACUGAUCGAUUAAAAAAAUUAAAUAUUAUGGACACAAAAACUAAAACUGCGGAUAAUUUUAUGGAACAUAAAGUUUAUAAAAGGUCAGAAAAUAUAAAAGAACAAUUAUCUAAAAGUAAAGAUAAAUCUAAAACUAUUAUGAAAAUAAUACCGUUGUCAAAAACAUCAAAAAAAACAAUAAAAACUCUUGAUGGUCGAGUGUCUGGUCAAUCUAAAACUGUUGAAUCACCGUUAGAAUCUGAAGUUAAAUCAUUUUCAGAUAAAAUUAAGCGGCGAAAACGAUUGGACCAUGACAAAACUAUUCAACCAGAAACAUUAAAAGAGUUGAGUAAUAAAAAAUUAUCUACUUAUAGUAAAAAAUUACUGCAAGAGAAAGAUACAAAUAAUAAACAGGACAAAAUGGGAAAACUAGGAUUGUCGAAAGAAUCAUCUUCAAAUAGCGAAGUUAAACAAAAUAAAGAUAAAAAAAUUUUGAGAAGAAAAGAAAUAUCUUUAGAUUCAGAAAUUAAAAUAAAUACAGUAAUUAUUACUUCAGACAUAUCAUGUAAUAUGUCGAAGGACAUAAGGCCUUUCGUUGAAGUAUCUACUCAAUCAAAUAAAGAUAUCAUGACAAAAGUAGAUAAAGACGUUAAGCCAGAAGUAGAUACAGAAACUGUUGCGGAAGUAGACAAAUAUGCUAAUAUCCUAGUAGAAAAAGAAACUAUACAAGCAUCCACUUGUACAGAAUCAUUACAAAAAAAAAAAAAUACUGGAAUGUUGAUUGAACCACUUACUUCUCAGACUUGUAAUAAAUCUACUUCUCAAGGAGAUAUGAAAGAAGAAUAUAUACAAUCGACAUCAAAAUUAUCUUUUCACGUUCAUAAGCAUAAAUCAGAUCGAGAUAAAUUUUUAAGCCCAAGUAAGAUGAGUAAGCACGUUAAAGAAGAAUAUGCUGAAGCUCAAUCACGUUACAUGGAAUGGUAUAGACAAAGUCGUGAAGAAACUGAACGUCGAAAACAAGGAAGAAAAGAGGGUGAUGAAGAAGAACGGCCUCCUAAGUGGCUAAGAAAAAGUACAAGACAAAGAUGGCUUAAAAUGAGCCCAGAAGAUAGAAAAAUACUUGAAUUAAGAACACCUGAAGUGACACCAUUAACUCGUCAACGUAUUAAACCUCUUGUUAAUAUUGAAUCAGAACAACUUAAAGCAAUUGUGCGUCAAGGUAGAAAACAACGCAAAGCUGAAGGUAAUAAAAAUAUUGAUCCUCCGAUAGAAAUAUUCGCUCCAGAGAAACUACAAAUUUUUCAACAACAACCACAACUAAAAUAUCAUCAUCUUAUCCAACAUUCAGAAUAUCAAUAUCAGCGUAUGCCACCUCCAUUUUAUCUUCAUCCACCACCAGUUCCACAUCCUACGCCUCAACUACCGCCAGAACGCUUUGAAACUCCUCAAGAACAGUUUGUUUCAACUAACGAUUCACAUCUUCAUCAUGAACCAUCAACUUUGGGAACCACAACAUCAUUUCAAACUGGAACAAGACUACGUCAUCAACAACUUCUUGAAAAGAAAAGUGUUUUCGAUAUCGCAUAUGACGAAGCAGCGCCUUCUCAAUUACGCGCCGACAGUACUACUCCACCAUCGUAA